UUUCGUCAAUAUAAUUUAAGACCAAAUUUUAAAUUGUUCACCCUCUUUUAUCGUCAUGAAGACGGCUACAGUUGUACUGCUGGUAGUAUGUUGCGUUCAUGGAUCUCCAGUUUAUAGAGAAAAUGCAAGGCGAGCAACUAAUCUCGGAAAUUUCGACCCAAAUGCUCUGUAUCAACAACAGUCGCAGUCGGUACAAUCGUACCUGAAGGGUACCGGAAGUGUAGCAUCGUCUGGUGGUUCCGGAAGUGUAGCAUCUACUGGUGGUUCUGGACAAUCAGGAGGGUCAAGUAGUGGAUCUAUGGGUACUUUUGAUCCAAAUGCUUUAUUUAAACAGCAAUCACAACAAACAAGUCAGGCAUUAUCAAGUAGUUCACAACAGUCAUCUGGUAGUUCAUCAGGACAACAGUCAAGUGGAGGAAGUGCAACUUUUGACCCGAAUGCUGUAAAUACAAUGACAUCACAACAAAAGUCCCCACAGACCAUGAACGGACAGAAGUCUGGUAGUUCUGCAACUGGAACAUUCGACCCAAAUGCCCUAAACAGUAAUAUUCCUCAGCAACAGCAAAGUGCUAGUGGCGGUGGAGCACAACCGCAAAGUUCUGGUGGAUCACAACAGUCGUCAGGAAGUGGUUCAACAGGAAUAUUUAAUCCGAAUGCCCUGAACAGUCAGAUGCCUCAGCAACAGCAAAGUGCUGGAAGUGGAGGGGCACAAUCACAAAGUUCUGGUGGAUCACAACCACAAGGUUCUGGCGGAUCAACAGGAACAUUUAAUCCAAAUGCCAUGAACAGUCAGAUGCCUCAGCAACAGCAAAGUGCUGGAAGUGGGGGAGCACAAUCACAAAGUUCUGGUGGAGGUGGAAUGUCUUCGGGUAGUAGUGGAGGUGGAAAGUCUUCGGGUAGUGGUGGAUUCGAUCCUUCAGCUUUGAACAAUCAAAUGUUACAACAGAAUCUGAAACAAAUCGCCAACAGUAAACCAACAGGCAGUUCUAUGGGAAGUGGUGGUAGUUCUAUUGGCAGUGGUGGUAGUAGUUCUAUUAGUAGUGGCGGUAGUAGUUCUAUGGGCAGUGGCGGUAGUGGUGGUAGUAGUUCUAUGGGCAGUGGCGGUAGUAGCUCCAUGGGCAGUGGUAGCAGUUCUAUGAGUGGUGGAUUCAAUCCUUCAGCUUUGAACAAUCAAAUGUUACAACAGAAUCUGAAACAAAUCGCCAACAGUAAACCAACUGGCAGUUCUAUGGGAAGUGGUGGUAGUUCUAUUGGCAGUGGUGGUAGUAGUUCUAUGGGUAGUGGCGGUAGUAGUUCUAUGGGCAGUGGCGUUAGCAGUUCUAUUGGUAGUGGUGGUAGUAGUUCUAUGGGCAGUGGCGGUAGUAGCUCCAUGGGCAGUGGCGGUAGUUCUAUGAGUAGUGGUUCAAGUGGUGGGUCAGGAGGGUUUGAUCCAAAUGCACUUAAUAGUCCAGAAAAAAAUAAGAUAGAUCCGUCGAUGUUUAUGAAUGGCGGCUCCAGUGGAAGUUCUAGCAGUGGAUCACAAACGAGUUCAGGUGGUUCACAGAUGGGUUCUGGUAGUUCACAGAUGGGCUCUGGAGGAUCACAAAUGAGUUCAGGUGGUGGAUCUGGUAGUUCACAGAUGGGUUCAGGGGGUUCGCAAAUGGGUUCUGGAAGUUUACAGAUGAGUUCAGGAGCGUCAGGUGGUUCAUCAAGCAGUAGCUCUCAAAGUGGAAGUUCAGGCGGAUCUGGGGGUUCAUCAAGCAGUAGUUCUCAAAGUGGAAGUUCAGGCGGAUCUGGUGGAUCGUCAAGCAGUAGCUCUCAGAGUGGAAGUUCCAGUGGUGGAUCGACAGGAAGUUUUGACCCAAAUAAGCUGAAUCAACAGAUGAUGUCUCAAUCAAAUAUGAUGAACCCAUCUCAGUUCAUGAGUGGAACAAAUUCAGGAUCAUCUUCCGGGUCAAUGGGAAAAGGACUUCAGUACGAUCUGUUUAAUCCAAAUAAAUUUGUCGGAAAAUAAAACUUUAAAAGUACUUUUAA